CCGCUCUUGGUGCUCCUCGCUCGAACGGCAAUACGACCCGGUCAUUGCAUACCGCUGUGCAUGCCUUUGAAUGGAGUCACGACGCACGACCGCUGUAUGCUGUGUGAAGGACACAUAGGGUUCAGAGCAGGAGGGUUUCAUGGUCAUAGAUACCCAACAUGAACGACAACGACGUCUGUUCCGUCGGGCAUCGCAGGCAUUGGCGGUCGAGGUGGGUGCAGGAACCCCGCCGAUGUGUUCCUGGCAACCCGUUUCGGUGGAUCUUCGACGACGGCUAUGGAACUCUCAGUCAAUUGCACCUUUCCGAUCGAUGACCGGAUCAUACGUAGCAGGGUGGCGGUGUCACUGUCGACUGCAAGCAUGAGGCCUUGAGGCAUCGCAGAAGUAGAUGCAUUCACAUCGAUGGAAGGUGCCACAGACUCUACAAUCGGGCACGGGCACGCUGCACGGGUAGCGCCGUCGGAUACCUUUUCAGGAGUACUCACAAGUUGUGGGGAUAUAAAGCUCGCGAGAUCACAAGCAGAAGGUGGGUAGCCGUGGAAAUCAAGGGGAUUGCAUUGGGGUACACCGCGUCGUCCUCGCUCGGAUGAAGAGGUUGCGGUGUGGACGAAGCGCGGUGAACCUCUACGAGACCAUCCUCGCAUCUCGUCGAGCGGCUUUGGCACGCAAGGGGAGGUGGAGCGGCAAGGCCGCGGAAUCGCGGAAGAGAGAUGGGAAAGCCGAGAGCCGGCCGUUUCCGAGCCUGGACGGGGAUGUGCAAGACAAUUGGAGAUUGACG